UAUUUUGAUUGCGCAAUAAAUACAAGUCAUAUGCAAUAGCUCGAUUCUUGUCGACUUGAAAAAACGCUACUUCUAGUUCUACUCAGCGAUUAGGAUCAAUGGAAACAUCUAAAAAGAUCGAUGUUCUUGAAAAGCUCGUCCAAACCUUUCAGCAAGAGAACGCUUGCGAAAUUAUUUCUGGUGAAUUGUCUAACUUGAGACAACACUGUGGUAAAAUAAUCAACGAGGAAAGGCUUCGUCGUAUAAAUUCUACUGGCGACAUUAUGCUACGAACUUGUUCAUUUUCAAAACUGCUGUUCCCUGAAAGCCAAAUUGAAAGAUCAGGACCCAAUGUCCCUGUUAGAGGACCACCUUUGAACAUUGCUUUUAUUAAUCUUGCCAUCUUUACCAUGGUUGGGUAAACAUCUUUGCUGCUGUUGGAAGAAGAUCACCUUUGAACAUUGCUUUUAUUAAU